GCAGGUUUAGAAAGAUAUUUUUCACUGGAAGCGCCAGGUUAGAACGACACAGACAUGGGACCAUGAGAGCAGUAGAACACGAGAUCGAGCAGAGGUAGCACAAAUUCGUCCUGCCCCCGGACGAGUACUUGGCGCCCCGGACGAGUUUCUCUCUGCAACAACAGGACCGACAUGGCGGAAGAGGAGGAUGCCGAGCUUGCUGCGAUGGCGCGACUGCGCGGCGAGAUCAUUCGGCUCCAGUCCGAGCAGGCGCGCCGACGUGAGACGAUCCGGCGCCAGGAGCAGAGGCACCAGGCGCUCCGGGAAGAACUCUAUUCCAGAAAGGACGAGGCCUCGAAGCUUGCGAACAUCAUCGAAUUUGAGGCCUCGAAGCUGGCCAAUACGGCACUACAGCAGCAAAACGUCGAAGCCGCCCAAGCGCUGGAGAAACAGGAGGCGCUGAAGAAGAGCUGCGCCACGCUGCUCGACGAAUUCAUUCCGGGCGUGUACUCCCAAGCGGGCGAGAAGCUUGCCGCUCGCGCCGCAAAGCUCGCGAACGCCGGAAGCGCAAACGCCGACGACGACGAGGGCGAAAAGAAGGAAGCCUUCCACGACGUGGUGUGGAUAACCUACAUCCGCCCGCUCACCGAGGAUUUCAACUAUCAAACCACCAUGAAAAUUUCCAAGGAGGCCGUGGUCCGCGAGAUUCUCGAGGACGCCUGCGAGUACUGGGGCUGUUCCGUCCGGGAUAACAGCUUCUACAAGGGGGAAAAGGACCCCCGGCCGAUCACGCAGCAGCGGAUCAACAUGACCUCCGCGAUCGUGGCACAGCGGGACCCGGAGACGAAGCUGACCCAGAAGGAGUCGCUGAUGCAGAGCCUGGAUCCGCUGGGAAACUGCGUCGCCCCCACGACCUUGGGUCUGGUCGACCACAUCCAGGUUGGGGACCGGUUUCUCGGCGUCCUGUUUGCCGAGGAGGGGAAGAAAAUGCUCACCGACGCGGUGUCGGAGGUGGACGGGAAGCCGCUGACGGCGGAGCAGCUGAUCGCUCGGACCGCGGAGGACGACCAACUGAUUUUUCAGUUCGACGACAGCCGCCGGGUCGCGGAGGUAUUGCCGCUGACGGAGAUCGCGCACAUCUACCUCGUGCACGACGAUGAGGCGCCCUCCUGGAUUCAGCGCGUGCUGUCUGGGAAGCGGCGGGCCACGCCGGAGCAACUGCGGAAGCAGGCGGCCGCGGAGGACGUGAACCCGGCCGCGACCCGCGCGGCGGAGUACCCGACCUGCCUGGAGGCCGUGAAAGCCUGGCCCGGCCUGUUCGUGGAACUGACCAACGCGGCGCAGGGCACGAUGAAAAAAAACUACAUGAUCAAGACGUUUUUGCGACAAACCAAGUGUAGGGACGUGAUAGUGUACGGCUUUCUCUUUCUCUUCACGCUCCUAUCCCUCUUCAUGUCGCUGGAGCGCGAAAAGGGGUUUUGGGCGGUCGAAGGUUUGCGUCGGUGCCUCGUGGAUUCCAGGGGCGCGUCCGCGGUGAAUGAGCCCCUCUACCCCGUUAGUGCAGCAUCCAUGCGCCGGCGCCAGCUGGUCGAGAUUGGCGAAAGUGGGGGCGAGGAGCAGAUCAUCUACUCUGAGCGCGAUGGACAGCGUCAUCUUCGUGCAGGACCGGCGGACGAGGAACCACAGUACCAGGAAGGCAGAGCAUUAUCAUCAUCAUCAUCAUCAUCAGUCACGGCAGAUGGACGCGACGACACUCCUCCAGCAGCGGGGGCGCCGUCUGCGAUACCAGGGCCAGCGCCUGGUACUGGAGCUGCGAAAGCAGGGGAGGUUGACCAAGGAAGGGAUCAGGAUCUUCGUCACCUGCCGCAACAUAGAACUACUCCCCUCCGUCGAGUGAACGAGCUGCAAGAACUCCAGCCGCGCUCAAAAGAUGGCCCUCUGUCACCAUACACGACCUCGAGCGGCUCGUAUCUUGUGCAAACGUAAUGUCGCACACGCACUGGUCAUGGUAUCUAUGUAUAAGGAUAACGGAUUGAUGCCGCCAUGCCUAUGUCUGAUAGAUCUGCCCGUCGAAGUGAAUCUGCAUGACCUUUCUUGUUCUGUGCUGUCGAAAAUGUUUUUUAAGUGCAGCUAUUGUAUAUGCAAUGCACACAGUAUCAUGGAAUUAUGGAUGGCUAGCUCUAGUGCGUAGCGAUACUUUUUUUGCAAUGUAUAGCAGCAGUACCAUCUCCAGUACAGCAGCGAGCUCCGGAGGAAGGCAGCGGCAGCGGGGUCUGACAGCAGCAGCAAAACCACCGUCGAAACCGCCCCUGGAUUUGAGGUUUGUUCCCGCAACGGAGGUGAAGUCGGUGGAGGAGCUGUACGGGUGGCUCACGGGCACGGUCGCGAACCAGGUGUUUGGGCCGCGGUCGACGCUGUGGCAGGACUACCAGCCCGCCUACCAGCUGAUCAUACGGCAGCACCGCGUUCGCUCCAAGGAGUGCGACCGCCCGGAUUUUGUGGCCCUGGCCACGAAAGAGGGCAGCAACAUCGUGUGCUACGAGCCCAAAGUGCAAACCGGGUUCACCACCCAGUUUGACAUGGGAGCCCAGACAGACAACUUCAUCCAGUUUUUCCUGGACCGCCAGACCAGCAGCCGCAGCAACACGACCAGUGGCAAUUCCGUAUACUGGAACGCGGCUCCGGCCUCCUGGUCGUACACGGUCCGAGGGGUACACGACAGUUACGACGGCGGAGGGUUCACCACCUACUUUGACCUGAAAUCCGCGAUGCCGGGUCCGGACUACAAUGCCACCAAGUUGCAGCUGGCGAAGCUCGACUUUGUCGAGGUGAUGACGUUCCUGCGACAACGUGACUACUUUGAUGUGACCACCCGCGCAAUUCUGGUCGAACUCACGGUGUAUCACCCAAUCCUGAAGAUGUACGUGUCGCUCUCGGCGAACUUCGAGCUGAAGGCCUCGGGGGGCGUCACUGCCACCAUUUUCCUGCAGCCCGCGACCCCCCGUGCGGACACGGGACCCAAGUACCCGACCCACAGCACGCUGCUCACCCUUGACCUGCUGCGCUUUCUGCUUUGCUUCUAUAUGAGAGUGCCAGGGCUACCGAAAUCGACAAAGUUGCAAUAAAUCUGUAAACACACCAUAAUGCGCAAGACACAGAGCCCCUGUAUAGCGAGGAUGGUAAGCGGGGCCGAUUGAAGUGGGGAUAAAGAGAAAGCCGCGAAAAGUAGCAUCCAUGACAGUGGCAAUCGUCGUCAUUUGUGCAUGUGCUCAAAAAGCAUUACGGGAUGGAUUUCGAUUCUACCAAAAUUCGUCGCGCACCGCUGAGGAGUGAUUUGGGGGCCAAAUAACUGGUGCCGAUGUUUUUAUGCGUGGCGAUUUUUUUCAACGUUGUCAAUUUCGAUCCUGACGCUUCAACAUUCUACCUAGGCGGCGUAAAGCCUUAUUUGCGGCUGCGCCACAGCAUCUUCGACGAAGAGAGAGAGGGUUGGCAAGCCGUAAUAUUGACGUACGCAAACCUGAUCGACUGCGUCCUCGUUGCCGCGCUGUGUGUGCUCUUCUUCGCACGCGGGAAGCACUCACUUCCCUCGCCCGCCGACGGCACGACGAACAAACUGCUGCCUGGUCAGUUUCUGCUGUUCGGGUUUUUCUACACCCAGAUCGAGAUUAUGGAGGUCAUCAUCCUUUUUCUCUCCGGGCUGCAGUGCACACUGCUGCUGUCGCUGUGGAGCCGGUUUUUCAUUUUCUGGAAGGUGAUUCAGAUGAUGUGGAAGACCUAUUUCUUCUACUUUCUGGUGAUGUCGCCGCUUUUCUUCGGGUGCUGCGCCAUGGCAAGUGGCAUCUACGGUGGCCACCUCGCAGAAUUCCGAAGUUACACGGUCUCAGGGAUCACUAUGGAUGUGUCAGAGUUGAAAUCGACAAAGUUGAAAUAAUUUGUCAUGCAUAAAAUGGAUGCCAGUUCGUUGGAACCCAGUUUCCAAGUGGCGCAAGACAAAUUUCGGUGGUCCCUAAAUCCACUUUGUCAUGCUGUUUAGGCAAAGAAGGGCGACUUUCUCAUGCUACUUUAGCAGCUCGAGCUGUAACCCCAAACAGGCUUACAAUCGGACUCACUUGCCUGCUCUGCAACACACGUACCGCGGGUCAUGCAUUUUAUGCAUUGCAAAUUAUUUCAACUUUGACGAUUUCAAACCUGACGCUUCCAUAAUCACCAUCGCGCUCGCGACGCUCGGCGACGUGCCGGAUCUGCACGCGAUGGCGCGCGUCGACUAUGGCUGGACGAUCAUCCUGGUGCUGAUCUAUGUGUUCGGAUUUAUCCACGUCGCGAUGAACGGCUAUAGCGCGAUCACCACUUUGCUCUUUAGCGGAGCCUACACAAAAUACGUCAUGAAAAAUAACAAACUUCUGAACGCGGCCUCUUCCUCCGAACAGCAGGCCCUGAUGGAUCAAGAAACCUACAAUAUGUGGACAUCUUGGCCGUACGACCUGAUUUUCCCUUCAGAGGACUACUACGACGAUUUUUUGAAAUUCGUCCUGCCAACGCCGUUGUACGUGAAGAUCUCAGGGAAGCCACUAUCCUGUGAAAAGAACGCUCCCACCCUGUUGUAGAAAGAUAUUUGUCGCGCAAAGUAUAAUUUGCAUCAUGUUCAUCAAACGAAUGAAACGCAUAUGCAUAUCACGAUUCUAGUCAUGCGCAGUUCCACUUCCAGCUCCGCCAUGAGAAACAUUUUCACGACUUUAUUCCUAUCUUGGGAUUUGUCAACAUGCUUAUGCUCUCAUUAGAAUGAGGAAGCGGAACUUGAAGACCGCACCAAGUUGCUUGGAAUUCUAAGGAGAGCAGACGAGCACUCGCAACUCGACUGCACUACGUAACCACGCCUAGUGCACUGAAGAGCCGAAGUUACCUCGCGCAACAGCCGAAAUUUCUUGGCCUGUGUACUUGGCACAUCUUCCAUCUUGUGGACUACGGGCGGGUGGGACCGUUUUCAAUCAGGACAGCCGCCAGUGGAGGAGGAAGACUAAGAGUAGGCGGAUGCAGCUGUUGGCGUCCUCUUUUCCUGCAGAUGUGUCUUCUUCAAGUAAGAUCAUGAAUACCGCCUCGCGUGUUUUCUUUUCCUUGGCAGGCACAGAGUUGAUUGAGACGCGCAAGGCAAAACCUGCUUUAGAUAAUUACGCCGAGCGUCAUUGAUGAUGAUCCACUUUCUUGUUCUAUCUACCUCUACCUUCUGUGUCGUUUUCUUUUCAUGAAGAACAAGAAGUAGAUCCUGACGCUGAACACAGACCGCCGUGUGAGCGGUUUCUGCUCCAGUUCCAACAAGUUGUGACGUAAGCAAAAAGAGAAACUAAAAAAUACGACCAAGUCUGUCUCGAAGACCACUGUCGCAGGCACCACGCAGCGCUGCGUGGUAAUUGUAUUAGUAU